UUCUAAAGUGCAACCUUCUGUCUUCCUGGAUCCCUUCAGCCCUGUUAAUGCUUAUCUCCCCCCCCCCCUCACACUACCCUCGCCCCUUCUGCAGAUACAUGCCUGCCCCUUAGUUACAGGGCUGGCAUUAUGAGCGCAUUUCAGUGUGGCUGCGCGCGUGUAUUUGCAGAGGGCUAGAUCUUGCAUCAUCAGCACUUGCCCCAGCGUUUCCAGAGCGUUUCCCACCCGACCUUCUCGUAAUUGUGGUUAAAUCAUCCUGACGAAUGUGCAGAAAUCUGCAAUCAGCUGGAGGGUUUAAAGGGCUUUGAUCCUGGGCUGCAGAGGAAGUGCCAGGAAGGUUUGGCACAAUGACAUGCUAUACAGGGCCUUAGCAACGUGGCAAAAUUUGGCUGUUUUCAAGCUGCCUCCCCCCUUCCCCCUGCCCCCUUCGCUUCUGGGAGAUCUGAGCUGGCUUCCCCUGCCCUGGGCAUUCCUUCCCUUCUCCCACUUGCUGCGGAAGGGACAAGUCUACCAUGGCUGGGGACAGACUUCCACGCAAAGUGAUGGAUCCCAAGAAGCUUGCCAGCCUCUUGAGGAAUGGGUCCGAAAGCAUGCUGGUCAUUGACAGUCGCUCCUUUGUGGAGUACAACUCGUGGCAUGUCCUCAGCUCCGUCAACAUCUGCUGCUCCAAGCUGGUCAAGAGAAGGCUUCAGCAAGACAAAGUAUCCAUCACAGAGCUCAUCCAGCCAGCCUCCAAUAUCAAGGUAGAAGCAGAAGACCACCAAGAUGUGGUGGUCUAUGACCAGAGCACACGGGAUGCCAAUGGACUGGCGUCUGACAGUUUUCUCUCCAUCCUCCUAGGCAAGCUGGACAGCUGCUUCCACAAUGUCUCCAUCCUCACAGGGGGCUUUGCCACCUUCUCGUCUUGCUUCCCAGGACUCUGCGAAGGGAAACCUACUGCUAUCCUGCCAAUGAGCAUCUCCCAGCCGUGCAUGCCAGUGGCCAAUGUUGGCCCAACUCGCAUCUUGCCUCAUCUCUACCUAGGCUCCCAGAAAGAUGUCUUAAAUAAGGACCUGAUGACCCAGAAUGGGAUAAGCUAUGUCCUCAACGCCAGCAACUCUUGUCCCAAGCCAGAUUUCAUAUGUGACAGUCACUUCAUGCGCAUUCCAGUCAAUGACAAUUACUGUGAGAAGCUUCUACCCUGGCUGGACAAGUCCAUUGAAUUCAUUGACAAGGCCAAGGUGUCCAGCUGCCAGGUGAUCGUUCACUGCCUGGCAGGGAUCUCCCGAUCGGCCACCAUUGCCAUUGCAUACAUCAUGAAGACCAUGGGAAUGUCUUCAGAUGAUGCCUACAGGUUUGUGAAAGACCGGCGUCCCUCCAUCUCGCCCAACUUCAACUUCCUGGGUCAGCUCCUAGAGUAUGAGAGAAGCCUGAAGCGGCUCAAGGCUCUGAAGGUCCAAGGGGAGAAGGGCGAAGGGGAAUCCCAGCAAGACCAGCCAGAAGCCCCUGAAGGCUGCAGGCACCAGAUUCUGUCUACCUCAGAAAAGGCUGAGGAGCUUUUCAGAAGCACAACCUCGGAGACCUCCUUGCUUGACUCCGAGAAGCCAGCAGGAGUCUCCAAGGUUGUCUCGCCUACAGCAUUGCAGCAAGGGCUCCGUGGCCUCCACUUGUCUUCGGAGCGCAUCCAAGACACCAACCGGCUGAAGCGUUCCUUCUCCCUGGACAUCAAGUCAGCCUACACCCCUAGUCGGACGCAGCAGGACCCCCCAGGUCCAACAGAGGCAGGAGAAACCCCCAAGCUGUGCAAGCUGGACAGCCCAUCAGGUCCCAACGGCACAUGCCAGUUCUCCCCUGUCCCAGACAGCCCGGACUGGCCCAGCGGGCCCGACUUCCUCCUCGAGGCCAAAGUACGGCAGAGACGGAAGCACAGGCACCAAGCCGGCUCCCCUGCCCAUGGGCUGAGCCUUAACUUCAGUGGGGUGUGCGCCAUGCACAAGAGCGCCAGCGUGGAGGACAGCCUCAAGCAGACGCUUCGGGCGGGCCUCCCUGGUGUGGGGCAGCAGCCGACCGCCACCCCGGCCCCCACCGGCACUUGGGGGGUGCACUUGGAGUCCCCCGGCACCCCUUCCUCCGAGAACCCCUGGUAUUUCAGCACAGACUCGGCGGCGGGCGGCAAAGGCAGCGGGAGCGGGGCUCUGUUUGCCGGCACCGCCACCUACUCCUCGUUCAGCUGCAGCACAAUCCAGGCGAGCUGCGAGAUCAGGCUGAGGGACAAGCAGCGGGGCGAGGCGCGGGACGUGCGGCACAGCUGGCACGAGGAUACCGCGGCCGAGAAGCAGUUCAAGCGCAGGAGCUGCCAGAUGGAGUUCGAGGAGACCCUGUCGGAGAGCAGGUCUCGGGAAGACCUGGGCAAAAUCAGCAAACAGUCUAGCUUCUCGGGCAGCAUGGAAAUCAUUGAGGUGUCCUGACACUCACCUUGUGAGAUCUGAGAGCAAGUUGUGUGUGCAUCAGUGGGUGGGUGGGGAGGGGGAAGGCUGGCGAGAUAUUUAACUAGGGAGAGGGAAGGGGGAGGGGAUUAUUUAUAUGCCUGUGUGCGUUUCCAAAGGGCACACAUGCUGAAGCAAGGCAAAGCUAAACGAAUCCAAAGUCAAGAAACAUAACGGUGCAUGCUUGGUGCCCUCCCCUUUAUGUUCCUACCUCCACCACCAAGGCAAAACCACACCGCAUUCCCUUUUUUGGCUGGUGGAGGGUGUAUUAACUCUUUAAAGCCUGGAUUCCUUCCUUUCGCAUGUAGUGCUCUCUCUGCCCGCCCGCCCCCCCCAAAAAAACAGGGCAGGGGGAAGGGGAGAGCUGAGGUGUAACUUCAAAGGUGGGGUGAAAGAGAAACAGGGGAGAUAUUAACAUUGUAAAGACUUCCACUGAUGUAAAAGCUUUUUUUUUCCUUGAAAGAAGAUUAUUGUUGUUUGAUCUGCAGGUUUGCAGUGGGGGAAGUCUAAAGGGAAGCAGGUUCUUUUCUUGUGAGAGUACAAUAGCAACUGUUGAUAUUACCCACCCGCUGCCAUUACAGGGGGAGAGCUUCCCUCCCGUUCCAUCAGGGUUGGACAUUAUCUGUGGGUGGCUCCUUCCCAGAUUGGGCUGCAGAAACCUGGAGGGGCUAAAUUUCAAUAGCUUCCCUAGGUGUGUGUCCCCCUUCCCAUACUGAGCAUGCUCCUCUUGUGUUUCUAUGGCUAGAAUUCUUAAAUGCUGCACUGCGGCAGCCCUAUACAUAUAUAAAUAUAUAUUAUAUAUAAUAUAAGAGAGAGAGAGAGAAACACAAAGAAAAAAGUUUAAAUGGUUUUACUACAGUUUUUAUUGAGACAAAUAAUAUUUCAACUUUUCUUUUUAAUUUAUUUGAAGCUGUUCAUUCUGGCAAUGAUUUUCAGACAAUGUAGGGGCGGUACUUAUCAGCUCUAUUUUUACUGUGUAUGGUAUUUAAAUCUGAAACACGAGUUUCAAAGCAAUAUCCUAGGCCUGCGGCUCCUUCUAUAACUCACGUCAGUGACGCAGACACCCCAAAAAGUGGGAUGAGAAAUCUGUGUGUGUGUGAGAGAGAGAGAGAGAGUGUGUGUGUGUGUGUGUGUGUGUGAGAGAGAGAGAGAGAGAGAGAGAGAAUGCAUGUGCGUGCACUUUUAUUUAAAAAGAAAAGUGAGAAAAUGUUCAACACAAACUGAGCCAGGAAUCCUUCUUAAUGCUUCUUUACUUCCUACACCUGUCGCAACUGCAAUCAAAGCCAUAAAACCUUUCUCUUCCUGGGUCUGGGUGGAGUAUCACGGGGUUCCUUUAUAAGAGAAGGAGAGUCCCGUUCUAAAGUCAGGAAGGGUCAUCAAGAGAGCUUGAUGAGUAUUGGGUUUUCUUUUUAAUUUUCUCUCUAGAGGAAAUGUAUUGGAGCUGGGGGUUAAAUUCCCAGAGGAUGAGUCCCUUUCCAGCAGUCCAGGAUAUCGCCCAGAUGAAUGAUGGUGACAAUAGGCCAUUCCCUGCCCUUCCGAAGGGGGCUGGAUUAUGGCGAAUGGCCAUUCAGAUGCUGCUCUUUUCAAACAGUGUUCAACCCAGUCUCCAUCAGGUUUUGUGGAAGGGGUUAGGGAGAUGCUUGAUGCCUAAAACCUUGGCAAAGGAUGGCUUUAGCCAGCUGAAUGCAUUCUGUUAUUGUGGUACUAGAGGGGGGGAAAUCAUUGAAGGUUCUUAGGGAUCCAUUCCACAGUAAGGAAGUGUCCACUUACUGCUGCAAGCAGGAAUUUCUUCCCAGCUUCAGUUCUCCAUCAUAAAUUUGUGCCUACUCUGAAGUACAUGUUCACUUUCUAUCAGGGAGCUGCUGCCAUACAGAGACUUCAUAACGAAUGCAAAUCAUCCAAUGACAAAACAGUCCAAAGACAAAUAUAUAAACCAGUAAAAGACCAAACUGAACAGCCUUUUGAGAAAGGAAGUUCUAGGAAAGAUAGAAAGUAUUUCAGCUGUAGUGCAAAGGACCCACUGAUCCAUUCCCAGCUCUCCCACCUUCAGCAGUCAUCUUCCAACUGAUGUGUUCACAAGGAGAUUAGCUUGGCUAUAGAACCUAUUUGUCUUAUCAUUGAGAAAUCGCAUUCAUUGGCUGUGAUAUUACCCACAAAAGAAACCUAGUCCUGAGGUCCCCACCGGCAUAAUUCAUGGGCGAAUGGUUGGCUGGAAGAAAUCCUCCUGCACAGGAUUUCUUUUCCUUUUUUUCGGAGAUAGGGAAGAAAGAUUCUCCCAACACCUUUCUAAAGAUAUACACCAAAAGACAGAGAAGAGGACAGGGUUAACCCAGGGUAUUUUGACCCUUGAAAUAGAUAAUCCAUAUCUUCCCACCUCAUCCCAGUGG